AUGGAGUACGAGAUGGACCUCGAGCCCACCGGGCCCCAAGUGACCGUCCGCGAAGCGGAACCCUACCGCGUCGACUUCAGACUAUCAGCAGUAGACCUCGCAUUCGCCAACUCCCUCCGCCGCACGAUGCUCGCCGAAGUGCCGACCGUUGCCCUCGACCUGAUCGAAAUCGAGAGCAACACCUCCGUCCUCCCAGACGAGUUCCUCGCCCAUCGCCUAGGCAUGGUCCCGCUGAACUCGCUGAACUGCGAUCAGGACCUCGACUACACGCGAGACUGCGACUGCGAGGACCACUGCGUGCGCUGCAGCGUGACGCUGUCCCUGCACGCGCGCUGCGGAAACGGCAUCAUGUCUGUCUACGCGCGGGAUCUGAUUGUCGUCGGCGAGCGCAUCAACGAGACCAUCGGUGAUCCCGUGACUACCGAUCCUGAGGGCAAGGGACCUUUGAUUUGCAAGCUGCGCAAGGGACAGGAAAUUAAGAUGACUUGUCUGGCGAAGAAGGGCACAGCCAAGGAACAUGCGAAGUGGGCGCCUACUGCUGCCGUGGGCUUCGAAUAUGACCCCAACAACAACCUGCGCCAUGUGGAUUACUGGUACGAGCAGGACGCAGCGAAGGAAUGGCCUAUCUCUGAAAAUGCCGCGUGGGAGCCCGUCGCCAAUCCAGACCAGCCCUUCGACUACGAUGCUGAGCCUAACAUCUUCUACUUCGACGUCGAGAGCAUCGGCAACCUGGACCCGGACAUGAUUUUGCAGCAAUCCAUCAUCUCCCUGCAGCGCAAGCUGGCAACCACCGUCUCCGAGCUGUCGGGCGAGGGCGAGAACCCCAUGGGUGCCGAGGAUGCCGAGAUGAUGGGCGCCAAUGACCCCGAUGCAUACGAGCCUCCAGAGGGCAUCGAUGGCAACAUGACUUCAUACGGCAAUGCCGCUGCUGGUGCCUGGCAGAGUGCGCAGACGCCGUACGGCGCCACGCCUUACGGCCAGACUAGCUAUGGGUUCUGA